GUUACCAGGCAGACAGCCUUUCCAACAUGGCAGCGUCAAGCAGCGCAGAGCAAACGCAGUUGCAAGACAUGGAGGAGGAAGAUGCAGGGAUGGAGGAGAGGGAGAUGGAAUCGGACAACGAGGAGGAGGAGGGAAUGGGAGUAGAAAAUUCAGACGACGAAGAGGACGAUUCGUCGGAGGACGAGAAAGAAAAUGAAGCGGAGAUCCAGCGGCUGGAGGAGCAGCUGUCAAUCAAUGCUUUCGACUACAACUGCCAUGUAGAUCUCAUCAAACUACUGAAGCAGGAGGGAGAACUUUUCCGUCUGAGAAAGGCAAGGCAGAAGAUGAGUGAGCUAUUCCCGCUCACUGAAGAGAUCUGGUUAGAUUGGCUCAAGGAUGAGAUCCGUCUGACUGAGGAGGAACCAAACCGGGAGAAAGUCUAUGAACUAUUCGAGAAAGCUGUAAAAGACUACAUCUGUCCAGAUAUCUGGCUUGAAUAUGCUCAGUAUUCAAUCGGUGGCAUGGGCUCGCCAGGCGGGAUGGACAAGGUGAGAUCCAUCUUUGAGAGAGCCGUGACAGCUGUGGGGCUUCACAUGACCAAGGGACAGGCCGUGUGGGAGGCGUACAGAGAGUUCGAGAACGCCAUUUUAUCCACAGUACAGCCUCCCCCUGGCAGGAUUCCCAGCCGUGAGGAGCAGGAGCUGCUGAAAACUCAGCUUGAGCGUAUCCAUACACUGUUUCGCCGCCAGCUGGCCAUCCCCUUAAUGGACAUGGAGGCCACCUACGCAGAGUAUGAGGAGUGGUCUGAGCAUGGCGUGGCUGACACAGUCAUACAUCAAUACAAAAAGGCUUUGCAGCAGAUGGAAAAGAGCAAACCUUAUGAAGAAUCGCUGAUAGUCGCAGAACCUCCUAAGCUGGCAGAGUAUCAGUCCUAUAUCGACUUCGAACUGAAGGAGGGCGACCCGGCGCGGAUCCAAAUAAUCUUUGAGAGGACCCUGGCAGAGAACUGCCUGGUACCAGACAUGUGGGCAAAAUACACCACCUAUCUUGACCGUCAGCUGAAGAUCAAAGACUUGGUUCUCUCCUCUCAUGAACGUGCCGUCAGGAACUGCCCCUGGACCAUGGGUCUGUGGAAGAGCUACUUGCUAGCUCUGGAAAGGCACGGAGCUGAGCAUCAGACUGUCUCAGAUGUUUUUGAAAAGGCGCUGAAUGCAGGUUUCAUUCAAGCAACAGAUUAUGUGGAAAUUUGGCAGGCGUACCUCGACUACCUGCGGAGACGUGUAGAUUUCAGCAAAGAAUCGAGUAAAGAGUUGGAGGAGCUGCGAGCAGCUUUCUCUCGGUCUCUAGACUACAUGAAACAAGAUGUUGAAGAAAGAUUCGGUGAAAGUGGAGACCCCUCUUGUAUCAUAAUGCAGAUCUGGGCAAGGAUAGAAGCCCUCCACUGUAAGAACAUCCAAAAAGCCAGAGAGCUGUGGGACAGCAUCAUGACAAAAGGGAAUGCUAAAUAUGCCAACAUGUGGCUGGAGUACUAUAACCUUGAAAGGUCUUAUGGAGACCCUGUUCACUGUCGGAAAGCUCUCCACAGAGCAGUUCAGUGUACCUCAGACUACCCUGAGCAUGUGAGCGAAGUCCUGCUCACAUUCGAGAGGGUGGAAGGUUCUCUGGAGGACUGGGAUGUGGCAGUGCAGAAGACAGAGACCCGGCUGAACAGGAUUAAUGAGCAACGAGCGAAGGCAGCUGAGAAAGAAGCCAACCUGGCUCGCCAGGAGGAAGAGAGAGCUGAUCAGCGGCGGAGGGCCAAGGCAGACAAGAAGGCUCAGAAGAAGGUCCAGAAGGGAACUCGAGCUGGCGAGAAAAGAAGAGCAGAGCAGGAUGAUUAUCACGAUGAGUGGAAUGAUGACUCAGAACAAGCUCCUAAAAGGCACAGAGGAAAUGGGGACCAAACCACAGAGUACAUGGAGACGGAGACUGGACUCUUUGGGAGGAACGCUCCCCCUGGCUUUAAGCCUACUCCGUCCGACAAUAAAAGAGCCCAGCAGGGAGCUGCGGCCGCUGCCCAGAGGCAGAACGAUGACAAGCCAGAGCUUCGCAACGAUGACAGCAGCGUAUUCAUCAGCAACCUGGCGUACACCCUGCAGGAGCCAGAGGCCAAGCUCAGGACGCUGUUUGAGACCUGUGGUCCCAUCAAACAGGUCCGCCCCGUCUUCAGCAACAAAGGGACCUUCAAAGGCUACUGCUAUGUACAGUUUGAAGCUUCAGUGUCUGUCCCUGAGGCCCUGAAGCUGGACAGACGAGAGGUGGAGGGCAGGCCCAUGUUUGUGUCACCUUGUGUAGACAAAAACAAAAAUCCUGACUUUAAGGUGUUUAAAUACAACACGGCCAUGGAGAAACAAAAAAUCUUCAUCUCUGGGCUGCCGUUUUCGUGCACUAAAGAGCAACUGGAGGAACUCUGCAAAAGUCACGGCACUAUCAAAGAUGUUCGUCUGGUCACGUAUCGCUCAGGAAAACCCAAGGGUCUGGCGUAUGUUGAGUUUGCAAAUGAAGCGCAGGCCUCACAGGCAGUUCUUAAGAUGGACGGCAUGGACGUCGAGGGCAACAAAAUCUCUGUUGCUAUUAGUAACCCUCCUCGCAGAAACAUGAGUGACAAACCGGGUUCAAACAGGACCACGUCAGACACAAUGCCUCGCCAGGUCUUUGGAUCGAGAGGAAGAGGACGCACACAGCUCUCAUUACUCCCUCGCUCCCUGCACCGACAAAGCGUGCCCGUAAGCAAAGUCAGGAAUGGGACUGAGGCUGAGCAGGCGCCAGCAACAGCAGCCAGCGCAGCAGCCGGAGAGACGAAACCUUUGUCAAAUUCAGACUUUGCCAAGAUGCUCCUCAGCAAGUGAGAAGAUGAGCGAGAGAAAUACGACCGCCUUCACACUGAAAGCCAUCUUGUGUCCUUACAAAUUAGUGUUGGUGAUUUUUCUGUAAUUGGUUACCCGGCUUCCCUUUAAUCUCAGUCUUGUUCUCCUCAUCAUCCGUUCUGCGAGAUUUGCCUUAAUCGCUGAGCUCCUGCCCUCCAUCUGAAAUCCUUUUCAACCAAGACUUCUCACCAUGUGACAGAUCGUUUUCGUUUGGUUUGUUUGAAGGUUGCUGGCAGGCUAUUUUAUAUAAAAGAAAAAGUGUAUCAUAUUUGUGUGUAAAUAUACCGUAUCUAAAAUUGUA